UAUAUUGUCGGGUGUUUUGUCAUUCAAACCUAAUCAAAUAAUUCAAUUUAAAUAAAACACAUAUUUUAAUUAGUGUUUUUCAUAUUAUACAUUCAAACAAAAACACACUAACACAAUUUCUGAUCAAAAUUUGGUGGAUUUUCAUCACAUCAAUUUAAAUAGCACAAUGGCGCAACCACCGUUUUGUAUGAACCUAUCACCUUUAGGCGAAGAAGGUAAAAAAAUUGCUGAAAAAGAAUUAAGAGAAACACCAGAUGUUGUUAAACCAGCAAUUGAAGAGUUGCGAAAACUUUUAAAAGCUGAUCCUAAACUUCAUUAUCGGGAUGAUGAUGAAUUUUUAACUAUUUUCUUGAGGCCUUGCAAAUUUUAUCCAGAAAGUGCAUAUCAAUUGAUGAAAAGAAUAGCUGAGUUUAGAAAGAAAUAUGAAAAUUUACUUAAAGACUUAGUGCCACAAGAUGAAGAAGUUGCAUGCACCCAACAUAAUGUUGUGAAUGUUUUAACAAAUUGUGAUCAUAAAGGACGUCGAGUACUUUUGGUGAAUUGUGGUAGUAGUUGGGAUCCAUCAAAAGUAUCCGCUGAUCAAUUAUUCCGUAUAUUUUUCUUAAUUCAUGAAUGUGCUAUCCUAGAACCUGAAACACAAGUUCGUGGUGUUGUCGUCAUAAUGGAUUUUGAUGGAAUGUCUUUGAAACAAGCGAAAGCCAUGAGCCCAGCAUUUAGUAUGCGAUUGUUAGGUUUUAUUCAAGAUGCGUUACCAUUACGAUUGAAAGAAAUUCAUAUGGUUAAAGAACCUUUUGUGUUCAACAUGGUCUGGAGUCUUUUCAAACCAUUCAUCAGAGAAAAACUUAAGUCCAGAAUUUUCUUCCAUGGAAGCAAAAUGCAAUCUUUACAUAAACAUAUGGACCCUGCUUAUUUACCGAAGAACUAUGGUGGUACUAUGCCAGAAAUUGACUAUACUGGUGCAAAUUGGUAUCCAUGUAUGGUGGACAAUGAGAAACAUAUUAGAGAAUUAAACAGUUAUGGAUUAGUUGAAUGAUGAUAAUAAAUUUUAGAAUAAAA